AUGCAGAAAAAAGAUGCCUCCUUUGAUGGUUUCCUGCCUAGCUUCCAGUGUUUCACCACCCAGGCCAUCCAUGCGGGCCAGGAUCCAGAUCAGUGGACCUCCCCGGCUGUGGUGCCUCCCAUCUCAAUGGCCAGCAUGUUCAAGCAAGGGGCGCCAGGCCAACACUUGGGUUUUGAAUAUAGCCAUUCUGGAAAUCCAACUUGGAAUUGCUUAGAAAAAGCAGUGGCAGCCUUGGAUGGGGCAAAAUACCGUUUGGCCUUUGCUUCAGGUUUGGCAGCCACUCUAACCAUCACCCAUCUACUGAAAGCAGGAGACCACGUGAUUUGUAUGGAUCAUGUGUAUGGAGGUACGAACAGGUACUUCAGGAAGGUGGCAUCUGAAUUUGGAUUACAAAUUUCUUUUGUUGAUUGUUCCAAAACCAAACUGCUAGUGGCAGCAAUUAUACCAGAAACCAAGCUUGUUUGCCUCAAAACCCCCACAAACCCCAGCCUAAAGAUGAUCGACAUUGAAGCCUGUGCACACAUCGUCCAGCACGGAGACAUUAUCAUGGUUGUGGAUAACACUUUUAUGUUGGCAUAUUUCCAGAGGCCUUUGGCUCUGGGAGCUGAUAUUUGCAUGUGCUCUGUAACCAAGUACAUGAAUGGCCACAGUGACGUUGUGUUUGGCUUGGUGUCCAUGAACUCUGAGAGCCUCCAUGACAGGCUUUGCUUCUUACAGAAUUCUCUUGGCACAGUUCCAUCUCCCUUUGACUGUUACCUGUGCAAUCGAGGUCUGAAGAUGCUCCAGGUCUGAAUGAAGAAGCAUUUCCAAAAUGGGAUGGUGGUUGCCCGGUUCUUGGAAUCUAAUCCUUGGGUAGAAAAGGUCAUUUCUCCUGGGCUGCCCUCUCAUCCUCAGCAAGAGUUGGCAAAGCAUCAGUGCUCAGGCUGCAUGGGGAUGGUCACGUUUUAUAUCAAGGGCACUCUCCAGGAUGCAGAGACUUUCCUCAAGAACCUAAAGUUAUUUAUUCUGGCUGAGAGUUUGGGAGGAUUCGAAAGUCUUGUUGAGCUUACUGUUAUCAUGACUCACGCAUCUGUGUUAAAGAAGGACAGAGAUCUCCUUGGAAUUAGUGACAUGCUAAUUCAACUCUCCCUGGGUUUGGAGGAUGAAAAAAAUCUUCUUGAGAAUCUAGACCAAGCUCUGAAGGCAGCACACCCUCCAACUGGAAGUCUCAAAUAGUAUUCCAGAAUGGCGAUUAAAAGCUACUUCCUGGGAAGAUGAAAUCUUCUGAAUAAUGUAAU